ACAUGGAGAAAUUAAAUUUCUUGCCCCCACAGGGACUCGAACUCCAGCCCCUUUGUCAUCCAGCUCGUAGCCAUUUGCUAUGCUAACUGCGCUAUUAUGGCCAUGGUAGUAUACUUUAUACCUAGACUAUACCAAAGUAAAUUUCUGAUAUCUGUUCUUAGAAGUUGUGGGACAUGUAGGCAAUUGUGAUGCAUGCAGUUUAUUCAGUAUCAUGAUAUAAGCCUAGAUGCAGACCACCUUUAUAUGUAACCACAUUUAACCAGUUCCACAUUGAAGGCUGCAAACAAUAUGAAUUUCAAAGUGUUCUUAUACUCCUGAUGUCAACAACAGUAUAAGUUUGAUUGCAGUGUGGCCAUGAGUUUGGAAGUAAGCCAAGGCUUUUGGAACAUGAGAAACUUCAUAAUGAUCAAUUAACAGUGGAGGAAACGAAGCCAUAUGCCUGUCAUCUCUGCCCAAGGAGAUUUUCACAUAAAGGCAAGCUGAGUGCACACAUCAGAACACACAUACAGGAACCAGGCUAUGUGUGUAACAUUUGUGGAAAACGUUUUCAUCGUAAGGAUGUCCAGGCAAAUCACAUGUUCCUGCAUUCUGGCCAGAGACCAUUCAGUUGUGCACAUUGUGGUAAAGCAUUUGCAUCAAAGUCAAAUUUGAGCACCCAUCUGGCCACACAUCUAACUGAUGCCGGUUGUCAGCAAGUUGAGUUUCUGUGCCCUGAAUGUGGCAAGAAAUUCCGGCAUCGCAGUUCCCUCACCCUGCACAGAAAGGCACAUACUGGCCAAUUUAAUCAUGCAUGUGCUACUUGUGGGAAGAAAUUUAUGAAGAAGAGUCAUUAUGAAGGUCACAUGCGUAGCCAUGACUCUGAACGUCCAUUUCAGUGUCCAACUUGUGGUAAGGGGUAUAAAGAACGUAAACAUUGUCGUGAGCAUGUUCGAAGGUUACAUCCAAAUGACUUCAAUUUGGUAACCUUAUUUGCUUCCAUCACAAGUGAAGAUGCUCAGGUAGCUGAUAUGCUUUGCUCUGAGCAGGCAGUGACAACACUACAGUUACAGAACCCUACUGACCAACAUUCUUCUAGUCUUCAACAGAAUUCAGAGCAGCAUCAAUCAGCUUCUGAUCUUCACUCAGAUUUCAUGCUGGAACAGCAAUCUGCCACUGCUGUUAAUCAGACCUCAUUGGUGGUGAAUGAAUGUACUUUACCUUCUCCUGGCCUGCAUCUCUUUCCAGCUGUAGCCCUGUCAAACCUGGACCCCAUUUUACAGGAGAUAGGUCAGAUACACACUCAGCAAACCCAGUUCUUGAGCUCAGCAGUGGAUGAAAGACAAGGUGUAACAGCAGCAGAGAGUGUCGAACGCAAUGUUCAGUGUCAGGCAGUAGUGGCAAAUACUAGCACAACACUGGCAGUUUUGUCAAGUGAGGACACAUCAGUAUUAUCUCAGGGAUUGGAGCCAUAAUCUACAAACAGGAACUUAGUACUGAAACAGCUUUCAAGGUACAGUGAAGAUGGAGGCAGUAUGUUGCUCCAGGACAGCAGUAACCAUCUACCAGACUACAUAGCAUCAUGUUCCAGGAAACAGUACCUUCAACUGUUGUGUUAACAGACAGGAAACUAAAAUAUCCUUUUUGGAUAUUUACAUAAAAGAAGUUGAACAGUAUCAGAGCUUGGCUUGAACGUUUGCUUCAUAAGCCUCUUAAAUGCCUUGCACAAGAAAUAGUCGCCAUGUAGCCAGUAAUUUCUGUCACUGGUAUCUUCAAUUAAGUUUAUGAUGGCACGCUUAAUCCCGAGUUCAGAUUUUUCAGAAGAGUCUCUGUUCUGUUUGAAUGGACAUGUGAACAGAAAACAGUGGAUAGCAGAGCACUAGAAAUUUACGUCUUAUAUGCAGAGUUCAUCUCCACGAAGUACAAGUUGAUGUUUGGUGUCCCCUGAGUGCAAGGAAGAUUGUGGGCUCUGUAUUUGAUGCACCUACAUUCAAUUCUGAGAGAUGUCUACUGUAAGGGACCAGUAACCCACUAUACAUUGUUACAGCUGCAGCCACCCAAGCAAGAAAGACAGCAAACAACCUAUGGAGUGAGUAUGGAUGGCAGAAAAACCAUGCCCCUGCACAGUUACCAAAUAUCCUUCUUGUAUGUUCUUCAUAUCAUUUGGAACAGAAUAUGUAUUUACCUCAGCAUGGAGCUGUUUCUGGGUCCUUUGAAUUUUUUCUGUCUUUGCAAUCCAAGUAUGAUUUGCAAUGUAUCUUUCAUAUGUCUUUCUGAAUGGGGAAAAUUGCUGAUAUGCUGUAUAUGAUGAAAAGUCUAAGACAGGAUACAGUCCCUCUUCAUAAUGUUGGGAGAAUACCUUGAUUUGGCCAUGAUUGCUUGGUUCCCAGUCCCUUCCAGCCAUCCUACCAUGUGAUGCUGUAUAGUCUGAAAUACUGAUAAUGGUAUAAAAUAAAUCCCAAGCUAGAACAAACCAGGAGUUUGUUCCAUUAAUUCUA